AUGGCAACAUUCAGUACAAUUGCUAUGAUUGGCUGUGGAAGCAUGGGUGGUGGCAUGGCACUGCUCUUUGCAGAAGAUGGCGUCCAUGUCUCACUUUCAGAUCCCUCGGACCAGGCCAUGGAUCAAGUCAUUGCAAAGGGCGAAGAGGCUGGAUACAGGGGUAGACUACAAAAAUACAGUGAUUACGACUCACUCUGCAAAUCACUGUCUUCACCGCGCCUGCUUGUCUUUUCUCUACCCCAUGGCAAUGUUGGUGACAAGGUUCUCGAUGGACUGAUGCCUCAUCUCUCCCGCAACGACAUUAUCCUGGACUGUGGCAACGAACACUUUGCCAACACCGAGCGACGACAAGAAAAGGCUAGGAGCACAGGCAUCCACUACAUUGGCUGUGGUGUCAGUGGAGGCUAUCAGGCCGCUAGAGCUGGUCCCUCCAUGUGUCCAGGCGGCGACCGAUCUGCACUCGAACAUGUUUUGCCACUGUUGAAACAUGUGGCAGCAAAAGACAAGAAUGGAAACCCUUGUGUUGGUAUUAUAGGUAAAGGUGGGGCAGGGCACUAUGUAAAGAUGGUACACAAUGGUAUUGAGCACGGCAUGAUGAGUGCCAUCUGUGAGGCGUGGGGCAUGAUGCGCAACAUGGGCAUGGGCUAUGAGCAGAUUGGGAAUGUAUUCAAGGACUGGGACUCGCAAGGUGAACUCAGGAGUACAUUUCUCAUAUCUAUUGGCGCCGACCUCUCGCACAAACAUGAAGAUUCGGAUACAAGCCAGCAAGACACUACUUCGGUAGCGAAAUGUGACAGGAAUCAUCCUCUUGUCAUCUCUGAGGUACUAGACAAGGUAGUUCAGGAUAUCACUGGCGAGGAAGGGACUGGCAUAUGGUCCAACACGGAAGCCAUCGAGCUACACGUCCCAGCAUUCACGCUCAACACAGCCCACGCGCUACGUCUCGCAUCAGCCUACCGUGGCGACCGAGAAAAGGCCAAUAAGAUGUAUGCUGGUGGAUUCCCCCCGGCCAAGCUCGAUAUUCCAAAUCAAAAGGGCUUCAUUGAAGACCUUCGAAAAGCAACCUAUGCCACCUGUCUCGCCAGCUACAUUCAGGGCUUCGACAUCAUCGCCAAAGCCGACCGCGCUCAUGCAUGGAACAUUGACUACUCCCAAGUUUGGCAAAUCUGGCGCGCAGGCUGCAUCAUUCAAGCCGACUACAUCUCUGAUGAGAUUCUUGCUCCGAUUUUACAAUCUAACCCUACAUCUGAAGACCUGAACCUCCACUUCUCAUCUAGAGUCGUAGAAAAUGUACAAAAUUGCUUCCCAGCCCUCCGCCGCGUCGUCGCCAAAGCAGUCGAGACGGAUCAAGUCGCGCCAGCCAUGGCCGCAACACUCGAGUACUUCAAAAUCUCCACGGGCACCGAUUUACCCACGGCGUUUUACGAAGCUGAGUUGGAUUAUUUCGGCAGUCACAUGUUUGACAAGAAGGGUGAUGCAGAUCGGCAGGUCAAGCAGCCGAUGGAGGGGAAACAUCACUUUGAGUGGAAGCCUGCUACGAGUCAGAAGGAGAAAUAUGGUAAGGUUUAUACGGUGUAG